CUCGCGGCAUCGCGAUAUAUGCCGUUCGCGUAAGGUUGUCGUUGCGGUACCGCACACAAGGCAUUACGUAUAAAACACACAGAUACACACGUAUUGAGAGAGCGUGUGUGUGUGUGUGUGUCGGUUACGAUGUAGGCCGUCAACGUAGGUGUAUACCAUCGUGGUUCGGCGCGCGGUCGCUGCGUACUGUUCUUGGCACAGUUUCUGGUCAUCUCUUAUUGCGAGCAGAACACGCGCGCAAGAAGAGCUGGACCUCUGCAAUUUUCUCCGCAUCCCGUCCCGUCCAGACUCGCGCAAUAUCCCAGAACGUCACGCAGGACAGUGCACCUGUGCGAUCUAUCUCGCAAAAAGAGUGCGCGCGCUCCAUAAAUAAAAUGCAGCUAAAAACGUGUUGCAGAUACUGUUCCCUGAAAACGGGAACAAUUUUCAGUGGAGUAUGUGGGAUCGUGCUUGCUGUGAUUUCUUUGAUUCUGAUCUUUACGGUGAACAUAGAAUGGAAAACAAUAAUUAUCGACAUUCUAGACAAAACUACCGUGAAGAUCAUCUUCGCAAUCAACCUCUGUAUGACCAUUCUGAUCUCUACACUACUUAUAAUUGGUGUUUUAAAAAAAAAUACAUUUAUGAUGCUUCCAUGGGUAGUCCUCGGCAUUAUGUUAGCUGUCGGUCUUCUUGUAAGCGUCCUUUAUACCUCAAUCAUGUUUUUCAUAAACCACGAAGUUCUUAACGGUGUUCUUUGGCUUGUCUUUGGUCUAAUUGCUGUCGUGGUAUAUACUUACAUGUGGCUGGUAGUGUUCAGUUAUUUCCAUCAACUAAGAAUCGAAAAAAUGAACAGAAGAAUAGGUCCCUAUGGAAAACCGUAUAAUUAUCGACGACCAUAAAAUUGAAUGUAAAUGAGUGCAGUAAUCUUCUUGUGCAGAUAUCUCAGCUCAAGAACGAUGUGACAUUUGCAGCUACUAUUCAUAUCAAUCUAUAUAUAUUAGCUCACGACGACACUAUUGCAAUCGGAUAGAUAUCAAUG